GCAAGAUGAGUACGACACAGGUACGCCUUCUGUAGCUGGAAUUGAGGAACACGUCCGAGAUGGCAUCACUCGGCCCUGCGGUUUCGUCUUUGCGGUCGUCCCUGUCCCUACUCGACUCGAGCAUCUCCAUUCUUGACGAAGGUGUCUCCGACUUCCCUCGACUGUGCAAGGUGCUCCAGACGCAGCAGCACUUCGAACUUCUACCUGAGCCGACGCUACGAGAGGCACAACAGUCGCUGGUUGACGAGAUCGUCCCUGCAAUCAAUCAGUUGAUCUCGACUGCAGAGAAUUACAUCAACCAACUUGGCCGCAAGGAAGAGAGUCUCAAAGCGCGAUCCGAACUACUAGAAGGACGAUUGAACAGCAACAGAAGAAGCUCCAGCUUUGGAGGUGGAUCUCAGUCGGUGAGAAGUGGCAGGUUGUCGCAAGCACCCGGACUCAGCGACAACAAAAUGCUCGAGAUGAAGCGCAUGCAGCAGAAGAAAGAGAGGUUGCAAUAUGCGCUGGAGAGAUUGGAGUUGCAAAGCAAACAACGCGAGCGAGAGCUUAGAAAGAGUAUGGCUAUUGUCCGCGAUUGAAAGAUGAGUGAAUUUGGCAAGUGGUCCCUCCAAAAUCCAUAUUCUCGAAUUGGUCGAUCGAAGACAGCCACCAGCACGGCAGGCUUCGGACUUCACACCAGCCAUUCCGGCCCCGCUGACAGACAUGGUACCGCGCAGUUGUUGCUUCUUGCCAGGAAUGUGAAGGUCACGACGAAAGGAUGACAUGAGUGGCACAAGGUUUAAAAGAGGUUUUCAUUGCUAUAACAGUUUUGGCUUUUUUAAUCCAGAAUGCAAGAUAUGGCCGGCAUACUUUGCAGCCUGCUUGCCACUCUGCCAGCACGGUGCGGAAGGAUCCUGUCUUUUCGAGAGUGGUUCGCAGGGUCGGAGCACAGCAGCAAUGAAGGGAAAAGAAAAAAUGCGUGGGGGGUAUUUUUCAGCAUGCAACAGUAAGGGAAGUGUCCCAUCCGACCACCAAAUGUCGGAGCGAGUUAUGCUCCUACAGUAUGAAGCCUCGAGCUGCUUCGGAAGCCGUGGCCAGUCGAUACCAACGAAGGUACGAACCUUGUUGAUCUAUUUCGGAAGAUCAAAAAGUCCGAGAUAACCGGCGGCGCGGGGCAGUCUGACUUCGUGCAAACAGCUUGACUGUUUCCACGGCGUUUGUAACACUGCGAGUGAUUGGAUUGCCGAAAGGUGUAAGGUCCAUGCAUCCGGCUGUUGGACUAUGGAGGAUCGAAGAUUGUCGCUGCAAUUCCUCCUAGGAAGGCUUCAAUUCCUUUCUCUCCUUGGUUUCGGUGUUAUACUGAAACACGUGGCUGACAUCGAUGUUGUGCAUUUCUGGGAGGAAUUUGCACUGGGCGAUGUUGCAUGUAUUCCCCCUAGGGCACAUAUGACCGAGACAGCAAGUAGGGUCUGUACAGAAAGGAUUGCGGCAAUUGGACGUUCUCGCCUUGUAUCGAAAUGUAUCAAGCUGCGCCUGGCUCAACUUCUGGGAAUGGUCCCAUUCGCAGUUGGCUCCGUAAGGGCAAUGGCCUCUUAGGUAGAAAUUGUUGCAGAGCCGCGAAUUCUUUUCGUAUAGGAAUUUGAGGUAGUCCUUAUCGGGAUGCAGAGGUAUAUCGAGGCGUUGGCCGUAUUGGUUUUGGUAGAUGACUGGCGAUGGUGUGAGACUGAGCGCGGCUUGCCGGGAUUUUCCAUCAGACGAUGUCAAGGACGUGACUGGUGCCUGACGCUCUCGAGAUGGCAUCAGGCUCUCGGCGGCAGGUCUUUUGACUCCGGCAACGACCUGACUGCCGUUCGCAACCUGGAUCUUGGUGGCUCUGAAGAUGGUCUCAAGUGAGACCUGUUGGAAACCCUGGGCAACUUUGCGAAGGUCAUAGGGAAAUGGCGAACCCUCGAUCAUGGUGAUUCGGUCAUUGAUGGUGCCUGGAAGCGUAUACGGACCAAGAAAGCCUGCAUAACUGCUGUCUGCGGAGCCCCCAAACAUGAUGUGCUGGCAGUGGCGGUUUCGGUAAAAGAGCUCGAAGUUUGCUUUGAACAGACCUGUCAAAUCAAUUGGAUAUCGGGGACAUCUACCUCCACAUACCUUUCAUCUUGGAAUCGGCAGCUUCCUUGUGCGCACCAGCAUCGAUGUAGUCGGAGAGUGGAUGG